AUGAUGGCAACCGGGCUGAAUCGUAAAAGAAGUGCCACUUCAGGCGCACUGGAGGUCACAGACCCAAACAUAAAACCGAUUAAUUGCAAACCAGCUAGGGUCUACAGUGUUUCCUCCGAUAUAGUGCCGCAAGUCCUGACACAUCCUGAUGAAGAAGAACAUGCGAAAUUGUCCAAGUCUCCGCCAGAUAUGGCUCCCAGGUGGUCGCAGGUGGGUUUUCAAUCCAUCUUUCAAGACGGUUCCAAUUCAAGACGUUCCGCGGAUUCGAUUGAAGAAGAAUCCACUCAAGAUACCGAAAACCACGACGACCAUUCAGAAAUAGGUUCAUCGAGUGGAGAUAGACUACAAGUAAACACCGCGUCCAAUGACAGUCUGCUCUCUUCCACUUCAAGGGGGAACAAGAGGCGACUGUCCUUGUUUACCAAUUCUAGGGAAAAUAUAAGAAAUCGAAGCACGAGCGGGUCUAUGAACCCCAGCAUUGUUGUGAAUGGUGCGACUGGUAAUGUUAUAAGUAAAAGUGGCUCUAAACUGUUCAAGACUAAAUCCAACAAGAGUGCCAACAGUUUACAAUCUUCAUUGUCGACAAGCCAUUCACAUUCUAGCAAAGGCAACAAUGUUUUUAGUAAGAUGGCAAAAAAGCUUUUACCUUAUAAACCGCAUAGUUCCAUAGGUAAGGACGAUAUCGAACCUGUGGUUCCCAGCUCUUUUAGUAAAUUUCUGCACUCUUCUUAUGGAAAACAUAGAUCGCCCGUUCAGUUCCUCCAUAAUUCUACAGGGGGACUAAUAGACUCUGAGAAGUCUGUGUAUUCUUUUAAUCCUAGCAUUAACAAUUACCCAAAUGACACGGCUUUGAAUCCUAUUCAAGAAGAUACGUUUGAUGCGACUAAUGUUUCUAUAUUACAUGACCUACUAAGGAACUUGCCCUCUUUGGUAGCGAAUUACAAAAGCUUCACCACACAGGAAUUACACGUCUUAGAGGGGAAUAUAUGGGGCAUAUACUGUAGUAUAGUGGUCGAGCUGUUUAAGAACAAGCGAAUAUGGCAACUACCAGCCAAGAUUGAAGAUAUUGAUCGUCUACUGGACUUUUACAUCACAUUGAAAACGCAAACCAAGGCCGCCGUUACACAUUUCAAGUUUAUAUCGGAAAUCGAAGAAUUCAUCACUACGUCACUGUAUAUUUUAGAAAACCAAAUUGUAUUCAAUUAUGCUAACGAAGAGACUGUGAAUACCGCUCUGAAAAGAGUGGGCAUAAUCUGGAAAAUCUUUUAUCAGCAGGUUUACUUUGAUAUCACGGCAGUGCUGUUGCCCUUUGAGAAAAGCUUCCAAAAGGAUAGUAACUACUGGCUUGAUGGGUAUUUACCAGAGCCUUCAAGGUAUACUCCCUCGGUCGACUUUUUGUUGUUGAAAUGUUUCAGGGACUCUAUCAUCCUCCCGUAUUACGAGAGCUUUCUCCAUACAAAUGAUGGUGCCAGGAAGAGUUUCCAAAAAUACAUCUUCAAUGAAGAAGAGCAGAACGGCGUUACCGAGGAAGAUAAAUUGACGAUGCUGCAAUGCUUUGGAAUCCUGAGUACUAUUAAGGGAAACAGCAAAAACCAAAGAAUCAUCGACGAACUGCUGGAAGGGAUACGCAUGAGUAUAUAA